GAAAUGAUCAUUUCAGCCAAUCAGAACGCACCUUCUAACAUGCAGAAAAACUGAAGUUGUUGUCCUAUUUCCUCGACGGAUAAUGUCAGAGGACGCAGCAAUGGAGAGUACCUCAGUGUACAUGUGCUUCCCCUGCUACCAGGAGUUUAACACACUGGAGGAGGUACUUCAGCACCAGCUGACAUGCACUGCUGAGGAUGAACAACAGCCAGACACAUCUGGAGCUACCCCAAUCACUGCUCCAGUGCUACAGACUCGGCAACAGGGGGUGAAUGUAUCAAAGACGGUUGGAGUCCCAGAAAUUCAAGUCCACCAAGCUCACUCCCCUGUGCAGCCUGUAAGGAAUGUACUCAAGCAGGCUGCAGUCAGUGCAAAAGUGGCAUCAGACCAGCCUCGAAUCCUCUACCAGUGUGGGGACUGUGAUGAACUUUUCAAGACCUUAGAACUUUGGCAGCAACACCGCAAGGAAGGGACGUGUCUGCAAUCCGCGAGCAAGUCAAACCCUGAUUCACAACCUGAGCCAGAGCCUGCUGCAUCUCAGAGCACUGAUUCAGCUUUAAGUCCUUCUCUCCCACAAAGUGAAGUGAGUCCAGGUCCUAAGCCAGAACCACAGGAGCAGCCCAUAGAAGAAGAAGGUCAACAAGUUGAAGAAACUGCUCCUCCCCCAGCUCAGAGUGCUGAUCCGCCUGUUUCUGAGACUGCCCCAUCAACCUCUAAUCCAGAAGAGUCGUCUCCUAAGAGGAGGGGUGCUAACAAAAAGCCAAAGCCUGAACCUGUGCUCCUCUGUGUGGACUGUGGCUCGUGCUUUGGCCUGGUGUCUGAACUAGUGGCCCACCGUAAGACCCAGCAUGGCUUUGAGGAGGCUCUGCACCGCUGCUCUGUGUGUGGAGAAAGCUUCCUAAACACCACCCUUUUUCUCUAUCACCGCAAGCAGCACAGGCAGAAAGGCGAGGAGAAAGUGGUGGUGGUUCCUGAAGGGGCAGCAGAGGAAGUUAGUACCCAGACCAAUGGGGCUGAUGAGCAGGAACAGGCAGCCACUCCCUGCAUCGGUGUCACCUCCAGUUUCUCAAAGCCCGAGUUGUUCAUGUGCACCCAGUGUGGGGAGAGCUUUAGCGACGAUGGUGGGUUGGCCAACCAUCGAAAGCAGAUGCAUGACCUGACAGAGCCGCUACACAACUGCUCCCAGUGUGGUGAGAGCUUCAUGAACACCACUCAGUAUCUGUACCAUCGUCAGCUACAUCGCCUCACACUGGGGGCAGAGGUGGGCGAUGCUGAAACCUGUGAUGAAACAGCCACCGCUAAACUGCAGGAUGCCCCAAAGCGGCUGCUCUCUCCCUCUGCUAGUGACUCAGGUUCACCCCUCCCAAAGAGAAGUAGGCCGACUUUCAGGAUAGUGAGCGGUGCUAAUGCAUCCAAAGGAAACAAAGGUUCAGGAACCAAAGAGAGUGAUGUAGAGGGCAGCUCUGCAGCAGACUCUGACAACACCAACCACCCCCCACCUGCCAAGCUGCUGCAGGACUGGUCCCGCACACCACUGCCCCACGUUUGCCCCUACUGUGGCAAAACCUUCACCAGACGUGUCUUUCUCCGCACUCAUGUCUUCAGCCACACGGGAGAGAAGCUCUUUACAUGCAAGGUGUGCACAAAGUCCUUCUCCAACUCCCAGAGUCUGCUGCGCCACAGCAUGAGCCACACUGGCAACAAGCCCUACAGCUGUGAUGUUUGUUGCAAAAACUUCUCCCAGGCAGCCACCCUGAAGAGACACCAACGCAUUCACACGUCAACACUGCCUCGGCGCAAGCGUGGACGCAAACCGCAGGUGUGUACUUUGGACAAUGAGGGAGCAGCUCAUCUCUUUGCUUGUCCUAACUGCCCAUCAAGAUUCAACACAGAGGAUCAGCUCAACCAUCACAAACUGCUGCACACCAGCCAUCCAUUCCCUUGCCCUGAUUGUGGAGAGGCCUUCAAACGCAGGAAAGACCUGGACCUGCACUCACUAACCCAUCAAGACAAGCAGCCGGCGACAUGUCCUCACUGUUCAUCCCAGUUUGUGAACCAAUCUGUGCUGGAGAUCCACAUGCUGCGCUGCCCCACCACAGAGGAGGAGAAGAAUGCUGGUCGUGGACGGGGUCAGGGCCGGGGAAGAUGCACUGGACAGAUUGAGUGUGACCUGUGUGGCCACCGCUGCAUGACCCAGGAGGGCCUCGACCUCCAUCGUUUAUCCCACACGGGUCAGACCCCUCUCAAAUGCCCUGUGAGUCCUUGCCGCCGUCGAUUUACCUCCAACAACGCCCUGGAGGAGCAUGUGCUGGCCCACUUCCAGGGAAAAUACGGCAAGUCCAAAAACAGGCCUCGCUUUCGCUGUCAGAUUUGCCACAAGGAUUUUGCCUACAAUUCCACCUUCAAUGUUCACAUGAGGACACAUACUGAUGAGAGGCCCUUUGAGUGCACCACCUGUGGAAAGCGCUUCCGCCAGCUGCCCCACCUGCAGGACCAUGAGCGCAUCCACAGUGGCCUGCGUCCUUUCUGCUGCUGGAUUUGCGGCAAGAGUUUCAGCGUGGCAGCCCGCCUCACAGAGCACGCCCGCACCCACAGCGGGGAGAAGCCUUAUCCCUGUUCCCACUGCCCUUCUGCUUUCCGCUCCCGCUCCAAUCUGGACAAACACAUCCGGCUACAUGGAGAUCUGCCUCUGGAGGCGGCUACACAGGCUGCUCAAGCAGCAGAGGCUGCUCAGGUCCAGAAGGUACUGGAGGGGGCUAAGGUGCUAUCUUCUUUAGCCACCACAGGAGAAGUGGAUGCCGGUGCAGUGCAGACCAUCUACGUUCUGCAGGGGGGCGAAGGAGGCACUGAGACUGUCAUGAUCCCCUCAGAUCAGCUCACUGGCAUGGAGGGAGCCUCGCAGGUUGUCAUCCUGCCUUCUUCUGUCCUGGGAGCUCAGGGAAUCACAGUUCCCACCAUCACUAUGGAUGGAAAUGAAAUCACCAUGGUGGAGACGGGCCAGUCACCGCAGCAUGCUAUUGAGUUCAUAGUGGAGGAGACUGUUUGAAAUCAGAUUUAAAGCUGUCAAGGAAAGAAUAUUACAGUAGAGUAUGAAUGGAAGAUUAGACAAGAACACAUAGACUGUUGUUUGUGUGAAAAGUUUGAUUUUUGAAGGAUAUUCAUUAUUAAUUACCAUUAUAUGUAAAUAGUUUGACUGGUAGGUCCUAGCCCGUGUAGAAAUGCACUGUACCUGAGCUGGAAACAAAUCAGAGAAUAUUGUAAAAUUGUGGAAAAAAUUGAAUUAAAGGUUGAAACCCAGAUAAAACAUUCAAGAGAGCAGAAUGUUCCUUAAAUUGAUUGUUCAAACUGAUUGAAAAACAGGCAGUAAAAUCGGUCCACAGUUGUAUACUGACCAGCAUUUACAGCCUC